UUAAAAGAAGUAGCCUAGUGUAUUUAGAGUUGUAUUAGCUCAAAUAUAAGUUUAGCACAUAGAACAAAACCUUCGCAUAAAGAGGAAGAGGGUUCAGAGAGGCAAAGCGUUAUUAUACUUAGAAAAGGCUGCGUCACUGGUCCAGAGGAUCAGCAUAGGGGAUUUCUUUCAAUACAAAAACUAUUUUGCCAUCUCUAUAUAAUGGACUACUGGCAGUUCACCGUAUACCCUUACUUUCUCUGUCUCUCGUGUGGUGUAUCAUACCUGGGGAAUGAAGACCUUCAUGAAGACUUCAUUGCUGUUUCUGACGCUAUGCUGUGCUCUGCAGCUUAAUAACGUUACCUCAGAUGGUUCUAUUGCAAGUGAGAGUGCAAACAGUAUCUGCUGCUUUAAUGCAAGAAAUAUCAGAAUACCUCUGCAGCGGCUGGAGAAUUAUUACUGGACAAGUGACAUUUGCCCUCUCAGACACAUUGUAUUUGUAACAGCUCCCGAGGAUCCUAGCACUCCGAAGAAACAAUUCUGUAUGGACCCUGAAAAUAAGUGGGUCCAGCGGACCAUUAACUACUUGGACAAAAAGCAUGCUUAAAAUUCAGCAAAAUGAAACUUGGAAAAAAAAUUAUACAUUUCUACGAUACACACACACACACACACACA